CAAACUGAAUGGAAUUUACAAACCCUUACUUGAUAAAGACAUGGUGCUUUAGCGAAAAGAAGAAAUCUCGAAAAUCAUCCCAAGAAGAGGCUUUAUCCAAGAGAAACCAUCUCUCUACUUCCAGAAGGAAGUCAAACAAAUUCCAAAAUGUUCCAUCGAGACUCUUCGAUUUCUUGAAAUAAAGACUCCAAAAAUAGUUUACAAAGAAAAGCCAACAGAUCGGUGGAGCCUGGUCAGGUUGCAAGACCAAUGACAAAGGAAGGACUUAAGAACAGCAAAACUCUUAUAAACGAGAACUCUCAUCAGAAGAGGGCCAGUAGAACACACAAUAAGCCCUUUAAUUCCUAUCAAUUUACUGCUAACCCAUCUUGAAAACUUCCAAGAUAUCUUAGUAAGAUUUCUCACAUACCAAAAGAUACUAAAAAUCAAGUUAAAAAAUGCCAAGAAACAGAGAGCAGUAACCCUAUUCAUCUUAAGAGUUUUAACUCAAAAUCAGAGGUUAAGCAGCCGAAGGAUGUCACAAUGCAGAUAGAUAACUCACAACUAGAUGAAGAAGAGAUGUCCAAUCUUGAUCCCCAGAAUUUCUGAAACAGCAGUCUAGUUUCUUCUCACACAAUUAUGAAAGCCAAGCAUCAGAAUUCACUAGUAACUCCAGUUAAGAUUUCAUAUGUGUCUGAAGAGAAAGCUCCUCCGUCUCCAGAGACUGGAGAAGUUAGAAAUACAUCCCAAGAACCUGUUCAAGAAGAAGAUGAUAAUAACUGGGAAGAUAUUUCUGAUAACUCUGGUCAAGAUGAUGUACAAGAUGCCUCACUAACCGAGCAACAAGAGGCUGAAAUCCUUUUCCAAAAGACAGUCAGACAAUCUGAAAGAGGGAUGCAAUAUCUUCAAAGUCAAAGAAAAUUGGCAGAAAUCACAAAAAAUAGAAAAGUUAGACUAAAAUCUCCCAAGACAGAAGAAGCCAAGCUCCCUCGGAAGAUCUUCAAUUCUGAGGAAUGGAGCUUGGAGAACUUUGAAAUUGGGAGACCACUAGCCAGAGGUCACUCAGGCUACUGCCUUCUCGUUAGGGAACGAAUUACCAAGUAUCCAUUUGUGCUGAAGAUGAUCUUCAAGAAACAACUGUCGAAGAGUCAGAGGUAUUUAAAAAGUUUACGAAGAGAAAUCGAGAUUCACUCAAGACUUAAGCAUCCUAAUAUCUUAAGCAUGUAUGGCUGGUUCAAAGACCAUAAAAGAGUGUUCAUAAUUCUAGAAUAUUGUGCUGAAGGUGAUCUUUUCACAUACAUGACUGAGCAGCCAGGUCGAAGGUUCCCAGAAGAGGUCUCUGCCAACUAUAUCAAGCAAAUAGCUGAGGCUUUGCUGUACCUGCAUAGCAAAAAUAUUAUUCAUAGGGAUAUCAAGCCUGAAAAUAUCCUGGUCGAUGGAGAUGAUAUCAAGCUAGGGGAUUUCGGCUUAAGUAUCCAUAGUCCAAGUAAUAGGAGGAAGAGCCUAGGAGGUACAGCCGAUUAUAUGUCACCUGAAAUGCUUCAAAACAAAGAAUAUGACUCAAGAAUUGAUAUCUGGAGUCUUGGAAUUCUGGUAUAUGAACUCUCUAGUGGAGAAGCCCCAUUUUAUUCUAUUGACAAGUUAAUACAAGGCAAGAAAAUCAAGCUUGGGCAAUUUCAAAUGAAAUCAUAUUUUACUGAAAGUUUGAAAGAUCUUAUCACAAAGCUUUUAAAAGUAGAUCCUCAGGAGAGAAUAUCAAUAGAAGAAGUACUGACCCAUCCAUGGAUUGUUUCAAAUACCUUUGAUAUCUCUGAGCUAAGCUCAGAGAUGAAUUAGAAUGCAUCCUAGUGUAGAUUUCAGU